GGUCAAGGCCAUGCGGAGGUACAAUGUAAGUUGACUUAAGCAAAAUGCUGUUAAAACAGGCGGGACUUCUCCACAAAGGCCCAGAAUUCUGCCAAGCUGUGAAAUUUGUUAUUAAGCUUCAGAUAUCAACUUUGUUACAACAGCUGGCCGAGUCUGGCGAGGAGUCAGUGGUCCUUACUGCGAAUGUCUUAGAGGGGACAGCAGACCACCUUGGGUCGAACCGAGGGGCAGGGUUCCUUGAAGAUCAUGAACAGCUUCAGAAACAGUUUCUCUCUUAUUGUGCAGAGACCGGGAGACUGUCAGUGGACGAGGAAGCUGAUAAUCUACCUCCUCGCAGUUCAUUAAGUGAUAACAAUUUACUCUCCCCCACACUAGUUUCCUCUGCAUCACCAUAUCACAGAUCUGAGCCGGUAAGAAGUCGCUAUGAUAGGGAGAGCAGUACCUCCGACUCAGUGUUCUCCCCUGAUCGAAGAAAAAGUUCUGCAAGCUCAAAGAGCUUAGACGAGGAUGUGGCGAUGCUUACAAGUCAGGAUUAUUCAGAUACUCCAAGAUCUCUCAGCGAUUCCUCAGCAAAUUGGGCCCCCGAUUCCUCAGGAGGGUCGUUAGAUACCGGUGGGGCAGGACUUAGGUAUGGUAUAAGUCGAAGUCCUACCAGCAGAACGGCUGAAUUGGCGGAGAGAAUGAAACAUACGUCUAAAAGUCCAAUGAGCGACAACGUAGAAAAUAUAAAGCACAUUACGUUAUCUAGUCCCUCAGAAUUUCAGUACAGGAAAUUUCAUCAUCAACACUCGGGGAGCUACGGAGCUACCAGUACUGGGUUGUACGAUCCUCAAAGGUUGCCGCCCAUGUUUGAAUUCUCGAAACCGGCCCAGUUUCCGAUCGCUACAGGCUCUGAAGAAAGUAGUUUGAAUUACAGUACAAAAUCAAACAGUGGAACAGUCUCGACAACGGAAGAGGAGAUGCAGGAGAUAAGUGCGGGAAAUACGGGUCAAGGUAAUUCUGGUGCGGGUACUAAAUUGAUAUACAGCAGUGAAUCCUCUCCCAACACGACCAACACGACAGAGUCUGUGUUCUCGCCCUAUGUUAUGUAUAAAGUUCCCUUCUCAAAUUACUCAGAUAGAGCUGUUAAACAGAGGACUCCGUCAGAAGGCUACAGGCAGGGAUACGAGGAAGAAGGUGGCGAAACUAAGUACAAACCUCAGUACCAUACUCAAGAUGGUGGCCAGGAAUCACCGUCCGUGGCGGAUACGUAUUGUGGUGUGCGAAAGCAGAGAAUAUCAGUCGGAACUCGGUGAAAUCUAUCGGCUGCCCAAAAAACUUGAAUCAAAAAUGUAUAAACAAAGUAGCUCUGUGAGGAAGCACUCAAAAAGUGGUAUGGAACGGCGAAGUUCGGAAACUUUGUCCGUUCAAAGUUUUGAAUCAAGUUCGAGCCAAUCAGUACUUCAAGUGAAAGAUGAGGAUACAAGUACUGGGGAUACUGUAAAAAGUCCAGAUAUGAUCUCACAAAGUGAAAUUUCUAAAAGUUUUGAGGAGGCAGUAAAAAUUCAACAAAGUAUAUUUCAUUCAAGUUUAGGCCUAUUUUCUCCCCUUCAAAGACAAUUUCUCCAGCCUACAAGGCCCUGUCCUCAACGGGAGAGAAGUCAGUCUUUGAGUGACUUUCACACACUGACUUCUCCGGACGUUCAAACUCAUGCAGGCCGCGCGCGUUUUCCAAGUUCAAGUUACGCUGAAAAUUUGGACACGCCUCUGGUAAUUGAUGAUGACUCUAAAACAGAAAGUGAUAUGCGCGAAGGUUUAGAUUUAAGUAAUAAGAAGCGUAAAAUGUCAGUGGAUCGAUCUAUACUCGUCUGCAGCAGACGAGCAAAUGGAUUCAUCAAAUGUAAAUUUAUCGGCCAAUCAGAGCGAAGAACAAGAAUACGAAAGACUGAUGCAGGCUCAAGGGGGCGGGGCUUCAGCUAGAGAUGACUCUACGUCAGGAAGUACAAAGAAGUACGGCAAAGGUAACUUUAUCAAAGUUGCGACGGGUUAUCAGUGCCGGAUAUGCUGCCGGGUUAUACGUCACAUGAAUAAUACGACGGCACAUAUGCGUAUCCAUGCCAACGUGAAGCCGUAUAAAUGUCAGGUGUGCAAUCAGCAGUUCAAGUACGAAGUUGAUCGUAGGUAUCAUUUCUCGAAGAAUCACGUAGAUCUCUUUUCAAAAAUGUAUUUUCCCGAUGAAAAGAAGUCCGGAUGAUUUUAUAACAUUAUUACUUCAACAGAGCGGGUCAGACUGAUCAGGGAUGUACUUACCUCCAUAUUUGUCAGUUUUUUUUCUCUACAUUUGUCAGGAUUUUUUUCUGCAUUUGUCAGAUUUUUUCUUAAUUUUUUUUGUCAGAAUCAUAUUUUCUGCAUUUUUUUUCCAGAUUUUUAUCUGAAUAAUAUUAUAUUUUCCUUUUUUGUUACUUUCCAAAAUUUUAAGAAUUUGUCAGAUUUUUUCCUGAUUUUAAGAAUAUGACAAAUUUUCACGGGUACUUUUGUCAGUAAACAUUGUUCGCAUUUUGUCAGAUAUAGUACAAUUUUCUCAAUUUUAUUGAAGAACUAUCCUUUUAUGUAAUAUUUGAACUAUCCCAUCAUUUAAUAUUUGGUAAUGGUUAUUUCAAAUUUCUUACUGUGUUAUGAAUGAUAUAGUAACAAAUUUUAACAAAAUAUACCAGCAUUGAAUACUGGAUUAAUAAAUUUUGAUUAAUGAAGAUAAAAGAACUAAAAAAAAAUUGUUAUCAAGUUAAAUUCAGUUUUAUUUUUCGUUUUUUUUUUGUGUUUUUUGAAUUAUUAUGUACAGGUCAUUCAAAAUGUCCUGUGCAUUUAAUCACAUUUUUGAUGAUUAUAAGACUUUUUCCUUUAUUGUUUAUACUGUCGAUCAGGUAUCCUCUGAAAAUUGGUUGUGCAUUUGCUAACGUUUUAUAAACGAAAUGAUGUACUUUAUAUUUGUAAAUAUCGCUGUCCGUACGCUUAAAGCUGAUGUAACUUUUUUUUUUCACUCUUAUAAUGUUAUAUAUAUAUAUAAUGGUACUUGAUUUGUUUGUGUUUUGUUUAUUUUGUUAUUUUAUAUUUUUUAUUUGUUAGAGUAAUGCUGUCUUUCUGGAUGAGAAAAAAAAAGAAGAAUUUUUUUUAAAGGAAAUCUUGAUUUAUUUUUAUUUAAAGCUAUUUUUAGACAUGUCGAACAUACUUGAAGACAACAGGUGUUAAUAUUCGAAUCAUAAUCAAUUAUAGAUUUUAAUGACUAAGAAAAGUCUUUCCAUUUAUUGGUUACAAAAAUAAAAAAGAAGGAACAUUUUUUUUAACAAAUGAUCAUUAAUUGUAAUGAAAAUGAUUCAAAAAAUUGGUUUCAUUGUUCAAGCAAUUAAAGCAUACAAUUUAUGAACUUUCAGUUUGUUUGUUUGUAACAGUCUAGAAUUUUCUUUAUUUUAUUCUAUUUUUUUUGAAAUUCUGCCAUUUUAUUGGUCAAUUUUGAAUUUCUAAAAUUUUGAAUUGACCAAUGGGAGUGCAGUAUAGAAAGACUGGUUCUCAGAAUAUGAUGUAAAGAUGGAAUAGACCGGUUAUAGAAGACAGUAUUUUAUGUGAAAAAACCUUCGCAGUAUUCCAUGAUUUUUAGUCUGCUUAGUAAAAUAUUAUUUUGUUAAUCCUAUUACGGCGUAUGAAUGUAUCCGGUUAAUUGAUUGUUAAUUAAUUGUUAAUUGUUAUUUUUGGUGAUUCUUACAAUGUGUAUACUCAAAACUUGUUAUCAGUAGAUUUAUAGUGUUACUGAGUAACGACUUAUGAUUUUUUUUUUUCUGAUUUUUUUUUUGUAUAAUUAAGAAAAGACGCCUUUUAGAAUUGUCUGUUUAACAGAUGUUUGUGAUAUGUGUUGAAAUGUGAUUGAGUAUGGGAGGGUUGGAUGUGCAGAUCAUGGUAGUUCACCAGUGUAAAAUUUAAAAAAUAUGAAGAGCAAAAACAAGGGAGACAAUUUAAUUAGUUUUAAGAAUAUAAAUUGAAGUGAAAAAUAAGUUUGCUCUGUCACGUGCAUUUCGUCAGUCUGUGUAGAUUUUACAUUAAAAAAGAAAAAUUGCAAUGAUCCGUAACUUUAAAUUGCAUAGGCAGAGUUGUGUCCCUUUACCUUGUUUUGUUAAAAAGCUUAGAUUUUUACAUUGAGUGUUUAGAGUGAACUUGUAGAAUAUUCAUUUCAAUGCAUAGAAUUAAAGAUAGAAUGGUCUGAAAGUUUGAUUUGCAGUUCUACAGUUUUACCAAACCUUUCACUGUUUGUUACUUAUAAUCAAGUAUUCUUAUAACAUAAUAGUAUACUACAGUUUAAGGAAUUCUCAAAUUCAGGGAUAUUUCCUUUUUGAGAUUCAGUUGAGUGUUAAAGUUAUUUCUUAUCUCAUUGGCUAACUGCACUUGUGUAUGUUAUUGGAGAUAGUGCCUUUUGUUUCAAACUUACACAAAUACUGGUGUUUCAAACUUACACAAAUACUUGUGUUUCAAACUUACACAAAUGCUGGUGUUUCGAACUUACCCAAAUGCUGGUGUUUCAAACUUACACAAAUACUGGUGUUUCAAACUUACACAAAUACUGGUGUUUCAAACUUACACAAAUACUGGUGUUUCAAACUUACACAAAUACAGGUGUUUCAAACUUACACAAAUACUGGUGUUUCAAACUUACACAACUACUGGUGUUUCAAACUUCACAAAUACUGGUGUUUCAAACUUACACAAAUACUGGUGUUUCAAACUUACACACAAAUACUGGUAUUUCAAACUAACACAACUACUGGUGUUUCAAACUUACACACAAAUACUAGUGUGUCAAACUUACACAAAUACAGGUGUUUCAAACUUACACAAAUACUUGUGUUUUAAACUUACACAAAUACUGGUGUUUCAAACUUACACAACUACUGGUGUUAUAAACUUACACAACUACUGGUGUUUCAAACUUACACAACUACUGGUGUUUCAAACUUACACAAAUACUGGUGUUUCAAACUUACACAACUACUGGUGUUUCAAACUUACACAAAUACUGGUGUUUCAAACUUACACAACUACUGUUGUUUCAAACUUAAACAAAUACUGGUGUUUCAAACUUACACACAACUACUGGUGUUUCAAACUUACAUAAAUACUGGUGUUUCAAACUUACACAACUAUUAGUGUUUCAAACUUACACAACUACUGUUGUUUCAAACUUAAACAAAUACUGGUGUUUCAAACUUACAUAAAUACUGGUGUUUCAAACUUACACAACUAUUAGUGUUUCAAACUUACACAACUACUGUUGUUUCAAACUUAAACAAAUACUGGUGUUUCAAACUUACACACAACUACUGGUGUUUCAAACUUACACAAAUACUGGUGUUUCAAACUUACACAACUACUGGUGUUUCAAAAUUACACAAAUACUGGUGUCUACAGGUGUUUCAAACUUACACAACUACUGCUGUUUCAAACUUACACAAAUAUUGGUGUUUCAAACUUACACAUCUACUGGUGUUUCAAACUUACACAAAUAUUGGUGUUUCAAACUUACACAAAUACUGGUGAACUAUCAGGUUUCAAUAAGGUCAUAAUCAAAACAAAUGUUUGUUUGUUGUCUCUUAGUUCAAUUUGUUAAGAAACAGUAAAAUUUAAUGAAAGAAAGACAUCUUUAUUUUCAUAAGUCUGGAGACAAAGAAAAUAGACUUUGUUUUUUUAUAAAAGAUGACAAGAGAUCAGCCCA